AUGGCUGAAGGAGAGGAGGAUUUUUCGUCUCUGCCAUUGCCGGACCGAUUUACGCACAAGGCCUGGAAAGUAAGAAAGGAGGGCUACGAAGAUGCCAGAAAACAAUUCGAAGUUACAGCCGAUGAAUCGGAUCCCGUUUUCACACCGUUCACACAAGACCCGAGUUUAUGGAAAGGCGCCGUUGCGGAUUCAAACGUUGCUGCCCAACAAGAAGGUCUCGGGUCUUAUUGUUCGUUUUUGAAGUUCGGUGGAACUCAAGCUUGUACUAGAACUCGCGGCUACACAGUUUUCCCUAUCGUUGAAAAGGGUCUUCCGUCAGCAAGACCCGCAGCAAAGACCAAUGCGCUCGAGGCCCUUUUACUAUGCGUGGAGAUGGAUAAGGCGGAUCCUGUGAUCGAAGAAAUGAUACCCGGAUUGUCACACAAAGUUCCCAAAGUUAUCGCCGCGACGCUGGUGGGACUGCGAAACAUUUACCAUAAUUUUGGCUGCAAAAUUGUCGACCCUAAGCCGGUACUAAAGGCGUUGCCGAAAGUUUUUGGCCACGCGGAUAAGAAUGUCCGUGCCGAGGCGCAGAAUCUCACGGUGGAAUUGUAUCGGUGGCUGAGAGAAGCUAUCAAGCCUCUCUUCUGGGCAGAUCUGAAACCCGUGCAGCAAACGGAUCUGGACAAACUGUUCGAGAACGUCAAGCAAGAGCCGUCACCGAAACAAGAGCGGCUGACGAAAGCACAGCAAGAUGCGAUGGCAGUCGCCAGUUCUGCCCCCGAGGGCGGCGAAGUCGGUGAAGAGGCGGAAGAGUUCGAAGAAGACGGUGGCGAAGUCGAUGCAUUUGAUCUAGCAGAGCCCGUCGAUGUGUUGUCAAAGGUCCCCGGUGACUUCUUGGACCAGGUGGCGUCGUCGAAGUGGAAGGAAAGGAAGGAUGCCGUGGACGCGCUCCAUGGGGUUCUGAACGUGCCCAAAAUCAAGGACGGCCCCUUCAAUGACAUAGUUCAGGCAUUGGCUAAGUGCAUGAAAGACGCCAACAUCGCAGUCGUGACCGCGGCAGCCAACUGUAUUGAUUUACUCGCAAAAGGUCUUCGCAGCAGCUUCGGCAAACACCGCUCGGUGGUGAUGCCGCCUAUGAUGGAGCGUUUGAAGGAAAAGAAACAGAGUGUGGCAGAUGCGCUUGGUGGAGCUUUGGAUUCUGUCUUUCUAUCCACCAACCUGUCGGACUGCCUCGAGGAAAUUCUUGAGUUUCUGAAGCACAAAAACCCGCAGGUGAAGCAGGAGACACUCAAAUUCCUGAUUCGCUGCCUUCGUACCACCAGAGACGUUCCCGCCAAAGCAGAAGUGAAGUCGAUUGCAGAGGCAGGCACUAAGCUUCUAACAGAUUCCAGUGAGGUGAACCGUGCGGGAGGAGCAGAGGUACUCGGUACUUUGAUGAAGAUUAUGGGCGAGCGAGCUAUGAACCCUUACCUUGAUGGACUUGAUGAUAUCCGCAAGACAAAGAUCAAGGAAUUCUUUGAUACCGCUGAAGUCAAGGCCAAAGAGCGACCUAAGCCCGUCGCUGCGCCGCCAAAGGCUGCCCCCGCAGCUGGAAAGAAGGUAGUUGGCGGCAGGAAGCCAGCGUUGGGAAUGAAGAAACCUGCUGCGGCUGCUGCACCGCCCCCUGCCGAAGAUCCUCCAAUUAUUCCUCCCUCUCCCGCCAAACCGGCCACCAGAUCUAUCCCGUCAAAAUUAGGCGCCGCAAGGCCUGGCGGUCUCCCGACGCCUGGGUCGGGCCUCAAAAAGAGGCUCGGCGGCCCCGGGGGGAUUGCAUCGCCGCAGGCACGACGAGUUGUUUCGCCACCGACAGAGGAACAACCACCCGCACCUGCUGCCCCAAAGUUUGGAAUCACCAGAGGACUUGCCGGACGCCCAAUCGCUAAACCCGCGGCUGCCAGUGAGCCUGCUCCGGCGCCGGCAGCUCCUCAGGUAAGCGGCAUGACCGCUGCUGAGCGCGCUGAACUGGAAGAGUUGCGUCUUGAGAAAGAGCGGUUUACCCGGACGGUUGAAGACUUGAAGUCCGAACGAACUACACUCAAUUCGCAAGUGACCGAGUUGCAAAACCAGAACGCUCAGCUGAUUGAAGACCACACGAGAGACGUUCUCGGAAUCAAGGCCAAAGAAACUCAGUUGGUGCGGGCACGGAGUGACGCAGAGACUGCUGAGCAAACCGUACAGAAACAGCAGCGAGAAAUCGAGCGCCUCAAGCGCGAGCUGGCAAGAGCUCUUCGCGCAAGUACCAUCAGCCCUCCCAACACGAUGUCCGACAGCAUGAGCCUGCCUGUUCCAGAUACCGACUCAGUAUACCAAGAUUCAGGCAACGGACACGGGCCCAUUUCCCGAGCUGGUUUGCAGCAUAUGGGAUCACGGUUUGACAGCUCCCGGCCACGAAGCUACGCAUCGGCUAGUCCUAGCGAAGAGAAGGAGAACAAUGGCCUCGAUUCGCCGGGACUCGGCAGCAGGGAUGGAGGUCUCGGCCGACGAAAACUGAGCCCUACAUUUGGAACGAGCUAUUCGGGGUUGGGCAGUCCGACUCGAUCGUCCAUCUUGAACUCGGGCAAUGCUUCUGGUGAAGAUCAACCUGCCCGAAGGACGGAACCUGCGGAGAACUGGAAGAGAGCAGCGGAGGUCACCACGCAACUCAAGGCACGGAUUGAACAAAUGAAGGCCAAACAAGGUCUCACGCGACCUCCUGCUCAACGUUAA